AACCUCACGAGCAUAUUAUAGACUGUGGAGAUAUAGUCUGGAGUCUUGCCUUUGGGUCUUCAGUUCCAGAAAAACAAAGUCGCUGUGUAAAUAUAGAAUGGCAUCGAUUCAGAUUUGGGCAAGAUCAGCUGCUUCUUGCCACAGGAUUAAGCAAUGGUCGUAUCAAAAUAUGGGAUGUGUAUACAGAUUGGAUUCGAACAGAAUCAAAUUCAGUGGUUAGGUUCAGUGUUGACCGUAUGGAGAAAUUUGAUUCAUUUCUCAUCUAAUUUGCUUUGUACCAAAAAUUGUGGGAAGAAGUAGGUUCGUGAACUAAGGAAAACUCCUCCUUAAUUUGGUAGAUCAUACUGAAGUGGUCAGAGAUUUAACUUUUGCUCCAGAUGGGAGCUUGAUCCUAGUAUCAGCUUCAAGAGAUAAAACUCUCAGAGUGUGGGACCUAAAAGAUGAUGGAAACAUGAUGAAAAUACUGAGAGGGCAUCCGAAUUGGGUGUACAACUGUGCAUUCUCUCCUGACUCUUCCAUGCUGUGUUCAGUUGGAGCAAGUAAAGCAGUAUGUGUCAAAGUUCUCACACAUUUCCUUAUGAAUUGAGCAUAAUGAUGUAUGCAUAAUCAUUUUAAAUCUAAGUAAUCUAUUAAGUCUGUGCUCGGUGUCAUGAAUAUCUUAAUUGUUUUAUUUCAUGAUGGGGAGAAUUUGCAUGAGGGAAAUUAAAUAUAGUUACUGCUUGUCAAGUGAGGUUGGGUUGCUCUUAGAGAUAAUAUUUAUAAAAUGGGAGUAUAUCAAGUUAUUGUCUGUAAGAUUUAGGAAAGUUUAUGUGCUAUAGAAGAGUUCUAGUUCCUAUUAAGACAUUCUCUUGCUAAUUAUUUUCUUCUCUGUUGUUCUAUUUUUGUCCAGUUUGCUGCUUUUAAAGUUUUGAAUCCCAGCUGGUCCUGGACAUUUAACUGAAAAAAGUAACUUAGUAAUAAUUUAAAAAAGCACUCAUGUACGUCCUAGAGUGAAUUACAGAUGAAACGUAAAUGUUGUCUGUUUUGUAUAGCAUACAUAUGGACAGCUUAAGUCAAAUGACUCUUAAGAAGGUUAUGCAAUUUAUUGUUGAACUCCAGCACUUGAGUUAGUAAAGGAAUCUUAAUAGCUUCAGGUAUUUAAGAAAAGGUUGAAGUCCAAAUAUGUAGGAUCACAGUACACUUUGAAUUAAGGGGGGUGGUGGAACCUAGUUAAAAUGCAUUUUAUUUAGCAGAGAGGCUUGUUAUAAUGAUGGUUAGAAAUGUUGAAAGUUAAGAAAAAAAUAGCUUAGUUCUUUAAAAAUCAUAAAAACAACAAAGCUAGAUAUUGACAUUGCUAUUUUAGGCUGUGUGUUUUCCAUAUGCUUCUUGCUUUCCCUGUCACAGGUGGUGGCAGCAAUAUUGGUGUGAUUGAGGUUAUGCUGGCACCACUCGCACACAGGCGCACAAUGGUGUUAGCUGGGCAGAAAGAGUGGCAUCUCUGGCUACCGGGCUGGGGGCGACCUUUACCAUAGGAUGAAGUAACCUUGCAUUCGGCUGCAAGGUGUACUGUACGUACACAGGUUUUCCUUUGGAACAUGGAUAAGUAUACCAUGAUACGGAAACUAGAAGGGCAUCACCAUGAUGUUGUAGCUUGUGACUUUUCUCCUGAUGGAGCAUUACUGGCUACUGCAUCUUACGAUACUCGUGUAUAUAUCUGGGAUCCACAUAAUGGAGACAUUCUGAUGGAAUUUGGGCACCUAUUUCCCCCGCCUACUCCAAUAUUUGCUGGAGGAGCAAAUGACCGAUGGGUACGCUCUGUAUCUUUUAGUCAUGAUGGACUGCACAUUGCAAGCCUUGCUGAUGAUAAAAUGGUGAGAUUCUGGAGAAUUGAUGAGGAUUAUCCAGUACAAGUCGCACCUUUGAGCAAUGGCCUUUGCUGUGCCUUUUCUACUGAUGGCAGUGUUCUAGCUGCUGGAACACAUGAUGGAAGUGUUUAUUUUUGGGCCACUCCAAGACAAGUUGCUAGCCUACAACAUUUAUGUCGCAUGUCAAUCCGAAGAGUGAUGCCCACUCAAGAAGUCCAGAAGCUGCCAAUUCCUUCCAAAGUUAUGGAGUUUCUUUUAUAUCGUAUUUAGAAGAUUGCCUUCCCUAGCAGUAGGGACUGGCAGUAUACACUUAAUAUGAACCUCAAGCUUUACUGAUAUCAAGUCUGUUUUUGAAGGUGUAGAACACUUAACUUGAUACAUUCUUUUACUGCAUUUUACCAGUUGAGCUUUUAAGAUAUUAUUUAUAGACUAUAGAAAUAUUUCCCAACAUAUUAAAUGUAAUUUUUUUAGAUUAACUGUGAAAACAUAUACAUACAUGUAUAUAUUUAGAUACAAGCUGCUAUGUGUUGAAUAGAUCCUUCUUUUUUGAUUUUUAGUUCUGAUCUGUAUAUACUGCUUCAGUAGAGCCACAAUGUGUAUCUUUGCUGUAAAUUAAAGGAAAAACUUUUAAAAUUUGGAACUCUGAAUUUGGUGAAAAAUUUGACUUAAGAAAACCUGAAUUGCCUCAUUCAAGGUGAAUUUGGGGCAGGAGCAGACUGACCAGCUAGUGAAACGUAUUUGCAGAGAGAAAGGAUUUUGUUUUCCUCAGAAUGGCAUCUGAGAAGUGGUGUCUGAUUGUGACACUUUUUAAAAAGCCAGAAUAAAGCUAGAGAAGAGUGUCUCUCACCAUUAAGUGUGGCUGCAGUAGCCUGCUACUUUACCCCUGUGAUAUAUAUAAAGUGUUAUAUGUUUUAGUUAGUUUGAAAAACCCACCUACUGUAUUAUUUUGAAAUAUUUUAUUUGGGGCUGGGGAUUUAGCUCAGCGGCAUAAGUGCCUGCGUUGCAAGCAGGCAGUCGUGAGUUCGAUCCCUGGUACCGAUAAAAACAAAAAAGACAAAAAAAAAAAAAGAAA